AUGGUCGUUAGCAAGUGGGUUACAUCUAAGUCCUUCUAUACGGUGGAAGAGUUUCUUGAAGCUGUUUUAUCAUCACAAUCUUCCCCCCUUAAUAUCAAUCGGCUCUCGUGGGGUAUUGGGCGAGCUGGCGAAGUGAGACUGUCGAUUCUUUGUCGAAUAAAGAAUAAUAGAAAUAAUUAUUUAUUAUACCACCUGCUGACCAGCUCCAAUUACAACGACGAAGACGACAAGGUGACCGGUGGUCGCAACGGCUACGGAGCCAAACUGUGCAAUAUUUUCAGCUCGUCGUUCAUCGUCGAAACCAGCUCCAAGGAGUACAAGAAGAGCUUUCGACAGAAAUGGGCCGACAACAUGUCGAAAACUUCGGAGCCGAAAAUCAAGGAAGAUGACGGAGAUUUCACGAAAGUGACAUUUUCGCCGGAUCUGUCCAAAUUUAAGAUGGAUAAGUUGGACAAAGACAUAGUCGAUCUGAUGUCAAGGAGAGCCUGCGACGUUGCCGCGUCGACUGGCGGCGUUAAAGUGUUUCUCAACGGCAAAAAUCUUCAGAUUAAAACGUUCAAAGAUUAUGUUGAUCUAUAUACGAAGGAUAAAUUAGAUUAUGAUGAGAAUCCUCUGAAGAUAGUCCACGAGAGAUUCGGCGCCCGCUGGGAAGUAGCCUUCACAUUAUCCGACCAAGGAUUCCAGCAGAUCUCCUUCGUGAAUAGCAUAGCCACAACAAAGGGUGGCCGCCACGUGGACUAUGUAGUGAACAUGAUCGUUAAGAACAUAGUGGCGACAAUGAAGAAGAAAAACAAGGGCGGCAUGGACAUGAAGCCGUUCCAGAUCAAGAACCAUCUGUGGGUGUUCAUCAACUGUCUCAUCGUCAACCCGACGUUCGACUCUCAAACUAAAGAGAACAUGACGUCACAGGAGAAGAACUUCGGCUCCAAGUGUGUGCUCACCGACAAGUUCAUUGCGGGCGUGCUUAAAUGUGGCAUUGUCGAAACGCUACUGGUCUGGGCCAAAACCAAGGAGCAGGAGAAACUGCAGAAGGCGUCGGGCAAGAAGCAGACACGGCUGAAGGGCAUUCCGAAGCUGGAGGAUGCCAACGACGCCGGCAAGAUGGACUCUGUCCACUGCACGCUGAUCCUGACCGAGGAAGAUUGGGCCAAGACGCUGGCUGUGUCCGGGCUGGGCGUUAUCGGCCGUGAUCGCUACGGCGUCUUUCCGCUCAGGGGUAAAGUGCUCAACGUCAGAGAGGCCAGUCACAAGCAGAUUUUAGAAAAUGCUGAAAUCAACGCAAUAAUAAAAAUUACUGGUUUGCAACACAAGAAGAAGUAUGAAACUUUUGAAGACAUGAAAACGUUGAGAUAUGGAAAAAUAAUGAUCAUGACUGAUCAGGAUCAGGACGGUUCUCACAUUAAAGGUUUGCUAAUCAACUUCCUGCAUUUCUAUUGGCCGUCUCUGCUGAAAAUGAAUUUCAUCGAACAGUUCAUCACCCCGUUGAUAAAAGCGACAAAGAAGCAGUAUUUUAAUCUAUAA